CUGAAACACAUUGACGGAGAAAGUUCAAUCCUAUAAACGACGCAGCUCGAGUGUUUCACAAACAUUCGUUCCAGCUAUUCCACCAGAGGCCACGACAUCUCUGUUCCUCCGUCGUUUCGUUUUGUUCCGUCCAGAAAUCUGAUCUUUACUUAUCCUAGGCAGGAUGCGUUUCUUGGUUCUCUUGGGCCUGUUCGCCACUGCCUCCGCGUGGACGACUUCCAGCGCGGUGUCUUCGUUUGGUGGUAGCGUCUUAGUCACUGGUCGUGGCUUAACGACCGCAACGCCAUCCUUGACAAUGAAAAAGGGCAAGGAUAAUCUGCCACCACAGAUGCGUUCGCAGUACAAAAAGCAAAAAGAAAUGAUGGCCAUGCGCGAAGAAAUGAUCGCCGCCCAAAAACCGGGACAGGAUGGUUUGCCGGUGUUUAAUCUCUUUGUCCGCACGAAGAAAGCCAAUAUGUGGUACCCCUGUGGAUCGUUCAAGGGUGACGAGCGAUCAGCUGCUCUAGCCAAGAGCUAUGCUGAUGGUGGUUUGUUGGCCGGUGUGAGCAAACGGCAAAUUGACGGCGGUAUCGCCGGAAGUUUGUACAGGGACCAAGGAAAGCUCAAAGAAAGUGUGGCCCGUUCCUAUCCCCAAUUACGGAAGUCCCGAGAAGACUUCGAAUUUGGGUACAAGCUAUCCUACGAUGGACUUUCGGAAGAGCAGUCGAGUGAAAUCAAAGUGAUUGAACCCAAGGAAACAAAAGGCGUCUUCGACAGCAUCAAAAAUGCGUUUUCGGGAAACUAAACUAGCAUGAAACUUGAAAGGAAAAUCAUGACUAAAUACUUUGGUUUCAUUUACGUUGUUUAAGCUAAAGAUUUAUGUCGCGUUUCG